AUGAUGGAAUUCUAUCGUCAGUCAAUCUCCACUGGGUGGAGCUUCCGGGAUCGCGAUGCCGAGGAUUGGAUGCCUGUCCCCGUGGUGCCCUCCGUGGUACAACAAGAUCUCAUUGCCAACAACAAACUAAAGGAUCCAUUCAUCGGCUUUAAUGAGUUGAGAGCUCGCUGGGUCAACGAGAAAUCCUGGGUAUACCGCAAUACCUUCCUGACACCAGAUAUUCCCGCGGGCACAGCAAUCGACUUGGUAUUCGACGGUCUAGACACCUUUGCCACUGUCAAACUCAAUGGCCAAGUCAUUCUUCAGAGUGAUAACAUGUUCCUGGGUCACCGCGUCAAUGUAACCAAGGCACUGGAAGCAGAGAGCGAACACACGCUCGAAAUCGAAUUCGACUGCGCAUUGUUGAAGGCCCGUGAGCUGCGGAAUCAAGACCAAUCCCACAAAUGGGUCGGGUUCAAUGGAGAUCCGGCACGUUUGGCAGUGCGCAAGGCGCAAUACCAUUGGGGUUGGGACUGGGGUCCGGUGUUGAUGACCGCAGGUAUCUGGCGUGCCGUGAGGCUUGAGGUGUAUACAGCGCGUGUAGCCGACCUAUGGCCUCAGUUGCAGCUGUCUUCAGACCAUCAGACGGCCGAGCUGACUGCCACCGCCAAAUUUGACUCGGUUGCUAGUGGAGACUAUACGGCUCGCUUCAGUCUAAGCCUGCGGGGAAAUGAGAUCGCUAGCCAGGAUAUCCCCGUAUCUGCUAACAAUCGAGCCGAAGUGAUUUUCCGUGUUAACCGUCCAGAGCUCUGGUGGCCUCACGGUUAUGGGAAUCAGACACUAUAUGAUGUCUCGGUGUCACUGCUCCGUGGCGUCGAGACAGUGGAUCAAACAUCCAAGAAGUUUGGUAUUCGAACAGCCGAGGUCAUCCAGCAGCCGGAUAAGCAUGGCAAAUCUUUCUACUUCCGAAUUAAUGGGAUGGAUAUUUUCUGCGGUGGAUCGUGCUGGAUUCCGGCGGAUAGCCUGCUAACCAAUAUCACUGCGGAGCGAUACCGCAAAUGGAUUGAGUUAAUGGUGGAAGGCCGACAGAUCAUGAUCAGGGUCUGGGGCGGCGGUAUAUAUGAGGAUGAUGCGUUCUAUGAGGCAUGUGACGAACUAGGGGUGUUGGUGUGGCAGGACUUCAUGUUCGGCUGUGGAAAUUAUCCGACAUGGCCGAAGAUACUCGAUUCAAUCCGCCAAGAGGCAGUCUAUAAUGUACAGCGACUGCGGAAUCAUCCUUCGAUUGUGAUUUAUGCCGGCAACAACGAGGAUUAUCAAGUGCAAGAGUCGGAGGGCUUGACUUAUAAUUACGACGACAAGGAUCCGGAAAGCUGGCUCAAAACAGAUUUUCCCGCUCGUUACAUCUACGAAAAGCUGCUUCCAGAGGUGGUUGCAGAGCAUUCGUCGAGUACAUUCUAUCACCCUGGCAGCCCUUGGGGUGAUGGGAAGAUUUCAUCUGAUCCCACAGUUGGGGACAUGCAUCAGUGGAAUGGUGAAGAUUCAAUCCUUUUAUGGCACGGCACCCAAGAAAAAUACCAGAUCUUCGACACUCUGGGGGGUCGGUUUAACAGCGAGUUUGGCAUGGAAGCCUUCCCGCACAUGUCCACCAUUGACUACUUUGUCGAGGAUCCGAAAGACAAGUUCCCACAGUCUCAUGUGAUUGACUUCCACAACAAGGCAGACGGUCACGAAAGACGGCUGGCUACUUACCUGGUGGAGAACCUACGAACUGCCACGGACCUCGAGACCUACAUCUACCUAACCCAAGUCGUUCAAGCGGAGACGAUGAUGUUUGGCUACAGAGGCUGGCGUCGGCAAUGGGGUGAUGAGAGACACUGUGGUGGAGCACUGCUGUGGCAAUUGAAUGACUGCUGGCCUACUAUCUCCUGGGCCAUUGUCGAUUACUUCCUGAACCCCAAACCGGCGUACUACGCAGUCAAGCGAGUCCUCAACCCCAUUGCAAUUGGAGUACGCCGUGAGCACCAUGACUGGAGCGUUGCUCAUGCGCAGCCUCCACACACAAGCAAAUACGAACUUUGGAUCUCCAGCAACAACCCGAGCACAAUUCGUGGCAGCGUCGAGCUGCGAUUUUUGUCUGUCAACACAGGCCGCGAGAUCCGGGCGCCGAUCGUCCGUGAAGAUAUUCUAAUUACCCCCAACGGUACUACCAACAUCAUCACGGAUGGUCUAAUUGAUCAUAUUGCCGAACCUGAGCCACAUGUCUUGGUUGCUCGCCUGUGGGUCGAUAACAAAAUUGUGGCGCGCGACGUCGACUGGCCGCAACCUUUCAAGUACCUCGAUCUGUCAAGUCGGGGCCUUGACAUUCAAUUGCAGCGUGGAUCUUCCGGUCAAGCACUCGUAGUGCUGAACACCCGCAAGCCUGUCAAGUGUCUCGUUAUAGAGGAACAGGAGGGGGUCAGACUAAACGACAACGCUAUAGACAUUGUGCCAGGAGAUGAACAGACCGUGGUUAUAUCUGGGUUGGGGGACCAGUCACUAAAGUAUCGGUACCUGGGGCAGGAAUCGUGCGGGUUGCUUGGAUGA